GCACAUGUCAGAGGUGGCCAGCUGAAAAAGUGCCUGAACAGAGCACUGGGGUGCCCAACGCCGCCGCCGUCCCCGCUCCUCGCUGCAGACCCCCCUGGAUGCAGCUGGACACAGCACGGUCCCCUCAUUGCCCACAGCCCUUCAACAGCUUCGUUGCCUGCGGGGCGCUGCAGUCCCGCCAGCGGCGGCUCUGCCAGUGAAAAGCAGCAACAGAAGUUGCUCUUCAGCAACUGCUCCUCCGGCUGCUCCUUUCUGCCAGGCCACCGUUUUCAAACGUCACCGUGACGUCGCAUUGUGAUGUCACCACUAUGCAGCACGGGCAUCACAAUGCCGUGCCGGAAUAUCUGCUGGGACCCACAGCCAGCCAGUGCCAGCUGGCCUUUGCUUGCUGACUGGCAGGACCAAGGCCUGGCUCUCCACGGUGCUGGCCACCGAGGCAAGCUUGGCACAAAAGCAAUGGAGCGGGAGCUGUCUGCUCAAGUAACACCAUCCCUGCCUGCUCCAGAGGAGCUGGGGCAGUGGGCAGACACGACUUGUGCUGGCCCUCCAGGACAGGGGGAAAGUGCCCCCCGGGACGCUGCCACGCAAGUGGUAGGGGAGGAGCGGCACGUCCAACCGGGGGGUGACGGACAUGACACCAAACAAGUCCCUCCUACUUCCAGCAAGAGCGUGGGCCAAGGCAGUGGGCUCCUGUCGCUCCGCUUUCCACAGAAGCUUUGGACGAUGGUGGAAAGCGACCAGUUUCGGUCCAUUUGGUGGAGCAAGGGAGGAAAAUACGUGGCCAUCAACGAGAAGCUCUUCAAAGAGGAGGUGCUGGGCGGGGGAGGACCUCUGCAGGUUUACACCAGGCAGAGCAUGAAGAGCUUCCUUCGCCAGAUGAACUACCACGGAUUCGUCAAAAUGCAAGGGGAUGGCGAAAGAUCUGCCUCCCUGCCUGAGUUCCUGGCAGAAGAAGCAGCAGCUGCUGCUCACAGCAAGGUACUCUACUACUAUAACCCCCUCUUUAACAGAGGGCAUCCCCACCUGCUGGAAAAGUGCCGGAGGAGGGCUGGCCUCAAGCGGAAAGCCCUGGAGAUGGAUGAGGGGCAGCCCUGCAGAAGACCAGGUGGCCAGCCUGCAGGGGACAUGCCAGCGUCCACCAAGCGAUGGGCUGAAGCACCUCCCAGCCUCGGUGCCACCCGUCCAUCUCCACCAGCAGCUGCUCCCGCACUUCCAGAGCCGGCGGGAGCAGCGGGCAGCAAGAACUUCAGCCCUGUGGCCCCCUCCUCCCCACCACCACUCUCAGCUCUGCCAGCGUCCCCAGCACCACUCUGCAGACAAAGCCCUCCAGUCCCCCACUGCCCCACCUGCACCUGCCACCUCAGGACUGCAGAUGCAGGUCAUGCCAUCAGACUCUAGUAUGGCAUGUUCUGGAUGGGCAGAGAGUCAGGAGCCAGUCGAUGGUGUUGAAUAUCAU